AUGGCUCAACUUUGGCAUUUACCAGCCAUCUAUUUCAUUGAAAACAACUUGUUUGGUAUGGGAACAUCCAUUGACAGAGCCAGUGCCAAUACCAAAUUCUACACCAGAGGAGAUGUCAUUCCAGGAAUAUAAAUUGAUGGAAACAACGUAUUCUAAGUUAGAGAGACACUCAAAUUCGCCAAGAAGCACUGUCUCGAAAAGGGACCAAUCUUCAUUGAAGCCAUGACUUACAGAUAUCAUGGACAUUCCAUGAGUGAUCCUGGUGUCACCUACAGAACAAGAGAGGAAGUUCAAUAAUAGAGAAAGACUAGAGAUUGUAUCAACUAUGUUAAAAACAUUAUUCUUGAAAACAAAGUGGCUGAUGAACAUUAAUUGGAAGAAAUCGAUAACACAGCUUAAAAUGAAAUUGAUAUUGCUGUUGAAUAAGCCAAAGUUGAUCCAGUUCCACCAAGCACUGAAUUGGCAACCGAUGUUUAUGUUGACAAUUAAAAUCAUUUCAUUAGAGGAAUCUUAUAUAAGGAUAGCAUUCUACCAAAGAGUUAAUGAUAAAUUACCAUUUAGAAAAAUAAUAUAUAUACACCUAAUCUAUUUUAUUA